AUGAAACUGGCAAUCGAGCGGACGGGCGGACCGGACGCCGACGAGUGCCUCCGCGACCUGCGGGUGACGGACCCGCGGGAAGACCGGGCGCGUAUCGAAGGCGACAAGGACAGGCUGCUCCGAGACUGCUAUGCCUGGAUACUGGACGAUGACAGCUUCCAGCGAUGGAGGACGCAGGACGAGUCGCGGCUGCUGUGGAUCAAGGGCGACCCGGGCAAAGGCAAGACAACGAUGGUGAUGGGUGUGAUCGCUGAGCUGUCGCGAGGAUACAAGACCAGGCUGUCGUCAAGGACGAUGGUAAAGGUACUCACCAAACUAAAGCUCGGCUCUCAAUCAUGUCUGGUGACGUACUUCUUCUGCCAGAGCACGCGGCCCGAGCUCAACAACGCGGUCUCAGUCCUCCAAGGGCUGCUCUAUCUACUUAUCGCACAGAAGAAAGAGCUUAUACGACAUGUGCAGAAGCGGUAUAAGGCCGUGGGCAGACUGCUGUUUGAAGGGCCCACCGCCGUUUACGCGCUGAGGGAGGUGCUAGCGGACGUGCUUAGCGCCACCGCUCUGCCGCCAACAUGCCUGCUCGUGGAUGCGCUCGACGAGUGCACGUCUGGCCUGUCUGAGCUACUGCACAUCAUCACUGAUGCCAGCCUUGGGCGGCGGUCGAGGGUCAAGUGGCUGGUAACAAGCCGCAACAUACCAGAGAUCGAGCGAUAUCUGCAGUCAGACGCAGCUGGUGUCAAGGUGAGCCUCGAGGUUAAGGCGAGCCAUGUAUCGAGAGCGGUGGCGGCGUUUGUCGACUACAAGGUGCAGCGACUAGCGACUGUACAGCAGUACGACGUGUCGCUGGUGUGCAAAGAGCUAGAGGGCGUCCCACUGUACCGCGCACGAGAGGUGCUGCAGGCACUACCGCCAGGACUUGAUCCGCUAUACGAGCGGAUGAUGGCGCAGAUCGCAGAACAGGAUGCAAAGACUGUAGAGUACUGCAGGGCCAUUCUUCGGUCGAUCACGCUCGCUUUCCGGCCACUGCAGCUUAGAGAGCUCCAUAUAGCCGCGGGCCUUCCUAGAGACCAGUUCAGCAACGUACAAGCAGUCGCUGACCUUGUUGGCCGCUGUGGGUCAUUCCUAACUAUGCGUGAAGGCGUUGUGUCCUCCAUCCAUCUAUCUGCUAGAGACUUCUUUACUAUAGGCAGCGGCCGGCAGGUGUUUAGUGGCCCACUAGAGGAAGAGCAGAAACGAAUGACCUAUCGCUUACUAGACGCAAUGGACAGCACUCUGCGGAGAGACAUGUGUAGCUUACAGAAGCCAGGUAUGCGAAUACAGGAGGCGACAGGCCACAUCCAGGGUAGCUGUGUGCCGCAGAUAGCGUAUGCUUGCGAGUACUGGAUGGAGCAUCUGCAGGCAGGUGGACAUGCUUGCAGCAGUAUGCUAGCAGACGGAGGCAUAGUGCACCGCUUCUUUUAG